GUGACCAAGUACCCGUACCCGCCCAGUUACACACUAGAAUCGUCGGCAUUUAUGCAUUACCUCACACAGCUUGUAUCGUAGUUACCACGAUCUGGACCUUUGUUUGCCUUGUAGUUGAACUGGUAAGGUAUUAACGCGAUAGCAGGUCAGGUGGGCCAGUGAGCUAACGAUCAUAUUUCAUACGGCCGGACAUUCGGACGUGUAGCACCGCGGCGUUCAUAGUCUGGAGAACGUAUCUCACAAGUUUAUAAUCUGUUAUUGAAACCGCGAGUAUGGUGAAGUCAAAGAGAUUUAUCUUCGCGCGUCAGUUUGAUGGACCGCCGAAGGAGUCGGACUUUCAGCUGGUGGAAGAGGAGACUCCAGAGCUGAAGGAUGGCGAAAUCCUGGUUGAGUCACUCUUCAACAGCGUCGACCCGUACAUGCGACCUUACACGAGACAGCUACCAACGGGUAUAACGAUGAUCGGAGAAGGAUGCGGCCGGGUGAUUGAAUCCAAAAGUUCCGACUUCCCCGUGGGUACCGUCGUCAUGCACCGUUAUGGCUGGUGCACCCAUGCCGUGCUGGACACCAAAAACAAGGAUCCUCAAAACAUCAUCAGGAAGGCCCCGGCAGACUACCCGAAGGACCUGCCGCUGUCUCUCCUGCUGGGAGCCGUCGGGAUGCCUGGCAUGACUGCCUACUUCGGUUUGCUGAAGUUGUGUGAGCCAAAGGAAGGGGAGACGGUCUUUGUCAAUGGUGCCGCGGGUGCUGUCGGUAGUCUUGUCGGCCAAAUAGCUAAGAUCAAGGGCUGUAAGGCGGUUGGCUCUGCCGGAACUGACGCAAAGGUGGCCUGGCUGAAGGAAAUCGGCUUUGACGCCGCCUUUAACUACAAAACUGUGUCGUCAUUGGACGCAGCUCUGAAGGAAGCAGCACCCAAAGGGAUCGACUGUUACUUUGACAAUGUGGGAGCAGACUUCAGCAGCACCGUGCUGAACCACAUGAACCUGUUCGGACGUAUGUCCAUCUGUGGCAGCAUCUCAACUUACAACGACAACGAGCCGGCUAAAGGUCCCUAUCCUUUCGUGACGAUUCUGUCCAAGCAGCUGACCGUCACUGGGUUUAUCGUCACUCGCUGGAUCAAGGAAUGGCCAAAGGGAAUGGAACAAAUGGUGCAAUGGAUCAAGGAGGGAAAGCUCAAAUACAGGGAACACGUGACGGAAGGUUUUGAAAAUAUGCCCAAAGCUUUCAUCGGCAUGCUUGUGGGAGAGAACACAGGCAAGGCUGUCGUCAAGCUCUGAGGAGGAAACACAACAUGUGCCAAUAUCCAGCUUAAUGUAAAGAUGAGCUGUUCAGCUUCGAAGUGAUUGACAAAGUUGCCGAGAAGGAAUCUAGUCUUGAGAUUAAAAAGUGAUAUUGUCAUUCCUAUAUCGUA